AUGCAUAUCCAACCAACAGUGAACCUCGACAGAGCACAUCUCCAAAACUUAGAUUCACAAGAAACCCUCAACCCUUCUAGGAUUCGUCGACGAGCUUCACAAGGGUCUCUUCGAGCAAGACCCUCACCAGUAUCUCGCUUUCUCUCUAAGAGUAGCGUUGCCGUGAACUUCCCAUCCUGGGAUCAACGUGCCGGUUCACCUCGUUCGCCUGGUUCGCCUUACCGUCUGGAUUCUCGUACCCGGUCGGUCGACUCUCGUCUUCGUCUUUCAACCACUGUGUCUCGCGGGCCGAGGCCUUUGGCUGCUUCAACGGCCUGGGACUCACAUUAUCAAUCCGAAUACCCCGCUACAUUACCCCCCACGCCGCCAGACGAGGAUAUCCACGUUGCGUGGAACCCAAAGUCCGAGAUGAUGUUGUUUGAUACACACUCCCACCCGGGAUCCAUGGCCAUGAUGGAUAACCCGAGUGCGGACAAUUCCUCUGCAACCGGUGCUUCCGAUACACUCAGCAGCCCAUCUGAUGGGCUUUCUCAUAGGUCCUCCAGCUCUGGAGGCAGCCCUGGGCCCCACGAUGAGAUGGAUUGCCAGCAGGACAUUGGCUCAUGGCUGGAUCAUGGCAUCAACUUGACUGCAUCAUCACUUGCCCUCUGCAAGACACAAAGCGAGGCUGUCAAAAUCGUUUCUCAAACUCUUCCAUAUCCCAGAACAUCCGAUCAGGCGGUAUCAGUACCGAAAACUGACAGUGUUUUUUCCUCCAUGGUUCAGGCCGUCCACAAUCACUUGCAACCUGGCCAAUCACCCUAUAUAAAUGUCACCCACGCAGUGCCGGAACAAUUUAGCCUUUCCAAUCUCCCCCACUCUCCUCCCAGCACUCCUCGUUCUCCCGCCACUAGCGAGGAUUACUUCAACGCCACAGUUUUCUCCAGUGCAGCAGUUGUGGGUGCUUACCAUGAUUACCGUGGGCCCCUCCAACGGCAAAUGUCCCACGCCCCGAUGCCCAUCGUCCCCCCUCGCAGCGUUCACAUCUCGGUCCUCGAGCGAUAUCUUCCCCCAACCUCCGCCCAGGAAUACCGUGAUUUGUUUUGUCGCACCCGUCCAUCUUUCCUCGUUGACCGUCUGAGUGAGCUAUCACCGAAUGGCGGCUCCCUCCUCUUCGUGUACCCGACCAAGAAAGGUGCAUCGACCUUCAAGUCCCAGUAUCUGGGCCCCAUCCUCGACCCCCUCCUCCGUCAGCUCGUUGUAGUGAAUGAGUUGUCCGCAGACGUAGGUCGCUACCUCGGCAAGCUCUCGUCUGUCUCUCAAAUGGAUGAUUUUGCCACCAUGAAGGCGAACAUCGUGGCACUCUGCGAAUCAAUGAGCGAUAACGAUUCCUCCUCCCGAUUCCAAGUGGCCGAUGCAGGCCGUGGAGUGACCCACCUUGACCGCAGCCUCUGGGCCGAAUGGUUCAUCCACCAGGAGAAGCCCCGCAUGAAGGAAGUCCUCAGUCUGUACUGGCAAAACGGCCGGCGCUCAUCCAAGAGCGCAAGCUCCGGAUGCUCCGGCAUGAUGGGCAACAAGGAAGUCACAUCUUCCGGGCUUCUCAGUGAGAUCUGCGAUGGCAUCCGCAAGCGACGCUAUGGCGAGGACAAUGAGCCUCGUGAUGGUAUCGAGCUUGGUGUCUUUGUGAUUCGUCGAACGAAUUAG